UUGGCCCAUUCGCACACAUAGGAAAGAUUGUAUAUAUAUUCGCUGCUUAGCCCCUGCUAUAUCUAGAUACAUACUACUUAAACUCAAGUCUUCGACACUCUCUGCGCCCAAUGGAAUCCAAGCAAUACGACCUGGUCGUCCUCGGGCCCACCGGUUAUACCGGCCGGUUCUGUGCAGAACAUAUCGUCAAGAACCUUCCCACCAACUUGAAGUGGGCACUGGCCGGUCGUUCCCUUCAGAAAUUGGAGACUAUUGCCAAAGAACUUAAAAGUUUGAAUCCUGAUCGCGCUGAUCCUGAUGUCCUAGCUGUGCAGCUAAAUCGCGAGGAGCUGCACCAGCUGGCUCAGAAGACGCGGCUCAUCAUUAACUGCGUGGGCCCGUACUGUCUGUAUUCCACGCCCGUGGUUGAAGCUUGCGCCGGCAAUGGAACGCACUAUGUUGAUGCUACGGGAGAGACACCUUGGGUCAAGAACAUCAUCGACGAAUAUCACGAAACUGCCAAGUCUAACGGUGCUGUCAUCAUUCCUUCCGUCGGUAUUGAAAGCGCGCCUGCGGAUAUGCUAGCCUGGGCGACGGUGAAGAGAGUCCGCGAAGAUCUUUCUUGCCAUACUCGCGAAGUCAUCAGUGCUAUCCAUGAUAUCAAGUCCUCCGGGGCAAGCGGUGGCACUCUCUCUACCAUUCUAACAGUCUUCGACUCCAUGUCAGUCUCCGAUUUGCUCAAGUCAGUCAGCCCGUUUGCACUGGCAGCAUCUGCACCACCAAAGAACGUGCCCAGUGAGCCAUUGCUGGCGAAACUGUCCGGUAUCCGAUCUGUGCGCGACAUCGGCACUCUGACAACCUCUCCAUCGGGCCUGGCAGAUAUCACUAUUGUUCACCGCAGCAGCACAUUGAUGCCAGAAUUCUAUGGACCACGAUUCUAUUUCAGACAAUUCCUCCGCGCCAGGAACGCUUUCACUGGAAUCCUAUUCCACUAUGCGUUCCUGAUCGCCAUCACCCUUUUGAUCCUGCCCCCCGUUCGUUCCCUGGUCAGGAAAUAUGUGUACUCACCCGGGACCGGGCCACGGCUCGAGGAUUCCGUCAAUGAUCAUGUGGAGUAUCGCGCCGUGGCGACCGCGGACCAGGACACUCCGAAGCCCAAGCGGGUGUUGGGCAAAUUGAGGUACCAGGGAACAAUGUAUGCGUUUACCGGGAUGUCCCUGGCGGAGGCAGCGAUGGUGAUCCUCGAGAACGAGGAGAAGGUGAAGAAGGUGUCCCGUGGCGGUAUCGUGACCACGGCCACAUUGGGACAAGAAUUCCUCGAUCGCUGGGAGAAGGUUGGAUGCCAUGUCGAGACGCAGAUUGUGGACAAUUGACCAUCUACCCUGCUUCUGCUACGGUGAUUGUUCGCAAGAUCCUACCGAUCUAUGGUUAUGACUUGAAUCCGUUAUUAUCUACAAGUUGUACGAAAUCCAUUGAGUCAAUUUCCUUCUUCGAACCCACGACUUCACACUUGACCGAAUUCACAUGCUUUAGUAAAACCAAUAGCCGCCCCUCUUUCGCCCUGCAAGUGUCUGUGCCGCUGCAUUUUACUGGCCUUUUUAGGCAACCAGCCGACAAGUGCAGGGUUUCUGGAGCGGCUACAACUCGAUACCC